GGCUGAUAUCUGAGGAUGGGGACACCUGUGACAUGACCAUGAAUGUAACAGACUAUGUGAGGCACACUCCCUGUGAUGCAUGCCAAGCUUUCCGACAGCUGCCAAAAUUAUCUAGACUCUUCAAGGACAAUAUUGCCUAUGUUUUAUUAGGCAGACUGAGACAAGCAUUGAAUCUGCCUACACUUUAUGGCUUCAUGGGACUUCUCCCAGAGUUAAAGGUUCUUAUAAUGAGUUACUUGGAUGCCCCAUCGCUGUGUGUCAUGGCGAGGGUGUGUAAGGAACUGAAGACGAUGACAAGAGAACCAUCUCUUUGGAGGCGGUUGUAUCUCAAAACUUUUGGAAGUUACAGGGACAAUAGCUUGUCACACAAUUGGUAUCAGGUAAGUUAA